AUGUAUGAAAAUUGUGAAAUCGUAGAAAUCGUACCUUCUCAAAAAGGAAAUAAUAAAAUAAAAGUUCAUGGCUUUUUAAUGACAAAAGAGCGAACUUUGAAAAAUACCUAUUAUUGGUGUUGUGAAAAAAAAAAGUCAGAGAAAUGCAAAGAUCGUGCAAUAACAAUUCUUAAUGAUG